AUGAUAUGGAAGUUUACGAAGACGACUUCUUCGUCCGAAAUUAUCGACUCACUUAAAGAACUGAAAGAGAGGCUUGAUAAGGCAAGCACUAACUUAAAAAUGAUAAUAGUGGAUGACUGUUGCCACGUGAUGCACCUAUAUGGACAAAUAUUCCCGGGGAUAAAGGUUCGGCUAGACUUAUUUCACGCGUGUAUGAGAGUUGUACAAACGGUACCCAAAAGCGAAGAUUACAGUAAACAAUUUGCUAAUAAAUUUUCUUUAAUUUUCCGUCAAAAUGGAGACCUUGGUAACGAGAGAACAAUGAGCACACCUUGCCCUGAUGAAAUAGAAUCAAAUCUUGAACGUCUUCUAUUUGUUUGGAGAGAAAAGCUGAAAACGGAAACCCAUCUUCAAAUUGAAAAUUUGCGCAAGCAUAUAAAAAAAGGAUGUCUCUCGGAAAUACCUGUUGGAUGUGGGACUGAAAUAAAUGAGCGACUUCACAGACAUCUUAACCGAUCAUUACUGUGCGGAGUAUCCAAAAUUGGACCUGAGUUGGCGGUAGCGGUAAUGGCGUGUGCUUUGUAUGCAUGGAAUUGCAAACGAAGAUUAAAAACAACCCUCAAUAAGAGAACAAUUCCGAUCACGCCAAUUGAAUUAGAGCCUUUAGAGUCUUUAAACCAAGCGACCCCUUAUCUUCAGUCUCACAUGACGGCUGUGGAUUCUACGUCAAAGUCAUUACCGGGUUCAAUAUCUGGAACUGUCUCUGAAAAUAGCAGUAAGGCUAGUAGAAUGCCAGGGACAUCAUCCGUUUUCGUCACAGUUAAGACUGUGGAAGAACUGGAAAACGAUUCCGUCUUGAACUACAUUUUGGAACUAGCGCUGCACAUACAAGAAUUUAUCACCAGCUGGACAACAAAAUGUAACAACAAAACAAUAGAUUUGAUUGGUCUUCUCUGGAAGAUAAACUUACCGGCAGCUAACCUUUAUGAACAGGAGUCAAAGUUAAACGUUAAGGAAUUAAAUUUGACCCCACAGCACAAAGAUAACCUGUUAAGAAAUCUCACAGGAUUUAAUCUUCAGUUGGACCCAAUUAACAAAGACGGAAACUGCUUCUUCAGAGCAACAGCCCGGCAGCUACAAAAACACUUGCAACGUUCGGAUUUGCAAAAUCUACAGCAUAUUUCCUCACUGGGGCUUGGAAUCAACGAGGAACGCGACACGGAAAACCUCAGACUACUUUUCGUGCGUGAAGUCACUGAAAAUCUCGAUGAAUACAGGGAGUGGAUGUCCUGUUCGUCAAAUGUACGGGAAAUUGAACGUUUUAAAACUGAUGGCCAUUUCGCAAGUGACAUUGGCGACAUCUGUGGUAAGGCAUGUGCUAAUCUCCUCCGUGUCCCGAUAAUUGUAAUUACAGCUUUGCCUAAUGUCCCAUCCAUUCCAUUUUUACCAAAACAUUUCAUCACUGCUGUACCUAUGUAUCUGGCGUACGACCAUUCAGGUCCAGGGCAUUAUGACGCUACAAAAGGUAAAUAAGGCAUUAAGACGGAAUCCACCAGGAAAUUGAGUAAUUUAAAUUUUCAUUGUACAAAAAUACCAGAAUAAUUCAAACAACAUCGCAUUCUUUUUUUAUAUUUUCAAGGGCUAUGGAUGCAAUUAGUUAUCUGUAACACCAAAGAAUGUGAAAAGAAAAUGUCUCAUGAGAGCCAGAGAAAAUAAAUGUCAAAUUUCACAAAAUGACACCUUACACGUGAAAUUUUCAGAACUUUACCUGUGUUUUCACAAUUCUCGUGAAAUUUGACAUUUAUUUUCUCGGGCUCCCAUCAGAAAUAGUCUUUGGUGUCAUUACAGAUAACUGUUUAUAUAUCCAUAGCCCUUGAAAAUGUGAAAAAAAAGAAUGCGAUAUUAUUUAAAUUGUUCUGGUACAAGGUUUUUGUUCACUGAAAAUCAAAAUUACUCAAUUUCCCGAUGGAUUCCGUCUUAAGCCUAGUUUAAGUGUAGCACGUUUGCUUGAAUGAUUUUGUUAUUGGCAUUUGUACGUUUUCCUGCCCGUGUGUGUUUAUAAAGGUCUUCUAAAUAAGCAAAUAAAUAUAUAAAGAAAUAAAUAACGAUUUAGAGGUAGCACAUCCACAAAGUGGUUCUUCUUCUACCUGAUUCCUGAUCGAAUUGGGAUUUGGAAAUGCUACCGGCAAAAAAACCUCUCGGAGCAAAGGAGAGGAAGAACAACAAAUUCAACCACAUAUGGCGUCGACGCCGGGAUUUAAACCCGGGCCACACUGGUGGGAGGCGAGCGCUCUCACUACUGCGAGCUACUGCGCCAUCCUAUGCUCUCCGAACUCGUUAUUACCUAUUGGAUUGGCAAUCACUCAAUCAUAAAUAUCAAAGAAGAUACUCUCUUAUUUACAGAUGAAGAAAAAAACGAGUAUCUAUCAUUUGAAACGUGGAUAUCUUAAAAAUCAACUAGUCCAUAGGAUAAUAAUAAUUGUAAUAAUAAUAAUGAAUCAUGAUGAUGAUGAUGAUGAUGAUGAUAACAACGAGGGUUACCAUUCCUUUGAGAGGUUUUACUUACACUGUAUUUUUUCUCUGGUAUGUUUCCAAAAUUUCUGAAUUCGAAUGAUGAAACGGAAGGAAAUGACACUAAAACCAGAUGUACCUGUGGCAAGAAUGUUAAAGACCCUUCCAAAAUGGCUUGCACAUCUUCUAAAACGUCCUUGUAA